ACACGAGAAAGGUAUAAUAUAAAACACAAAAAACCACACGAGAAAGCACAUCCUUCGUCUUCGCUUGGAAGCCUUUCAGCUGCACACCAACUGUUCGACGAAUUGCGGCAGAGAGUUUGUAAAACAGAAGUGCUUAUGGAGGAAGAAAACUGGGAAGCGUCCUCUUCAAGCAAGACCGAAGAACCUGGUUUCGCAGCCGAUGACGACGAAGAGUUUCACUCAGGACCCAAGUUACAAUUCAGAGUUGGAUCUUCAAAGGCUCGUUGGGUUACAGAGUUAGGAAUGGCUGAAGUUGAGGUUAAAAGAGGGAAGCUUUGGACAACAACUGGAAUCAUUCGUAGCGGAAAGACAUAUUGUUUCAUAGAAGAGGCUUUGUAUUUGAGUGAGAUAGGAGAGUUGCAGAUCCUGGGUAAUGAAGAUGUGGUGAUCCCAUUGAAGGGCUUGUAUGAGAUGGUUACAGAGGAGAAAAGUGGAUGCUGUUGGGAAAGCUAUGAGGUUUAUAGAUACUUGAAGGGUCUAGGUUACAUCUUAGGCAGGCAUGGAGUUCCUUGGACGUCAAAGGGUGCUGCCAUUAUGACACCUAGUGGUGAAGGCGAGGAUUCUGUCACUAAACUCUUGGGAGAUAUGCAACUCUGUGAUGCAAGAGAGGUGUUUGACGUGUAUUUGCCAAACAGCCGGUUCAAGAAGUCUUCUCCUGGUGAACCGAGCUUUGUGGCUUGUUUAUCAGGGGACUCUCCACCAAGCAAAGAAGAUGUUAGAGUCCUGCAAAGCCGCAUAGCUGCACCGUUAAGGUUCUGUCAUAUCGCUCAGGGUCGUGUUAGUUUCUUUUCGUUCAGUUCCAUAAACCUCCCUAUCUUACCAUAAAAUGUAACAAAAAACAAAAAACAAAAAGCGAAUGUUCUUGUAUUCUCUUGAAUAGACAAAGUCACUGAGAGUUUACAUACAC